AUGGCUGGCCCUCGCUUGUAUAGAUUACCUCAACUGUCUCGCCAAGUUUUCAGGCCACUCACGGCCCCGCGCACUGCCAUCCCUUCACAAUGUCGAAGGUGUCUCUCCACCACACAAACACUCGACCGGUCUGACAUUCGCAGCAUCUCAGACCUUCCCGAACGCACGAGUCCACGAUACCUCAAAAGCAUAAAGCCAGGCUCCUCGCUUCUAUCGCUAAAAUGGCCCCGGCCGCCACGCAAUCUUCUCCUCGUCCAAAAACUAUAUUCCACCGCGGUCGAUGAAGCAGUGGUCAAGUUCGCCAAGCACAUCCACACCGAAUACCCGAACGUCAACCUAAUUCUCGAGCCGCGUAUUGCCCCCUUGGUGCGGGAGAAACUAAAUUUCCCUAUUUACGUUUCUGACGAAUCAACAAACCUGGCAGACAAGGUGGAUGUCAUGGCGACAUUUGGCGGUGACGGCACGGUCCUGCGGGCUGCCAGCCUCUUCAAGCUCCAUGGGUCCGUACCCCCGAUCGUAUCGUUCAGCAUGGGGACGCUCGGAUUCCUCGGGGAGUGGGACUUCUCAGAGCACAAGAAAGCAUGGCGCGAUGUGUACAUGAGCGGGAGCGACGUGGCCGUGCGUGAUGCCGCGUUCCCCCGUGGGAUCGAAACCAACAACCCAGUCACUGGCUCCCACGCCGGUUGGGAGGAUAUAAGGGGAAAGAGCAUGGGCGCACAGCGGGCUGCCAAGAUCCUCCUACGGCAUCGGAUCAAGGCCGACAUCUUUGAUGCGUCUGGCGCAAACAUCAACCAUCGGCUGUCCAGCAGCCUGGCGAACGAGGCGCCGACCCUGGCGAAGCCAAACGAACGGUCCCCUCCGCUACGCGCGAUCAACGAGAUAUCCGUCCACCGGGGCUCGCACCCGCACCUCGCCAUCAUCGACAUCUUCCAGAACGGCCACUUCCUCACGGAGACCAUCGCCGACGGCAUCCUGAUCAGCACGCCGACGGGAUCUACGGCGUACAGCCUCAGCGCCGGAGGACCGAUCGUCCACCCUCUGGUGAAGUCACUCCUCAUCACCCCAAUCAGUCCUUGCAGUCUCUCUUUCCGGUCCCUCGUGCUGCCUCUGGACACAAAGGUGACUCUGCGACUGAGCUCAAAGAACCGGGGUCGCGAGCUGGACCUCAGCAUCGACGGUCGGCGCUGCGCCGGCGUCUCGCCCGGGUCAGAGCUGCAUGUAGAGGGUGAGUUUGUAGGGAGGAGCCGGGAGGGCCCCGGCGAGGAGUGGCACGGCGGAGUGCCCUGUGUCAUCCGCACGGAGGACGAUGAUCCUUGGGUUGGAGGACUGAACGGGCUCCUCAAAUUCAACCACCCCUUUGGGAGGGAACCUGCUAGCGAGUUCUCCGAGUGA